UUAGACCCCAGCUCCUUCCUCUCCCUCCUCCUAGGACCCAGGAGUCCAGGCCGUCAUCCCUGUCCUUUUCCCUGGGCCCAAGAAUCUGGACCCCAGGUCGCUUCUGCCCGUAGACCCAGGAGUCCAGGCGCCCAGCACCUCCUUCUUUAGACCCAGGGCCCAGCCGGACACAGCUGCGGUCAGAGGAGCAGGAGGAGAUCCGCCGACAUGCCUGAGGCAAAACCAGCAGCCACAAAGGCCCCUGAAGGCAAAGAUGAUGCCAAACCAGCUCCCAAGGAAGCCCCCCCUGAGGAGGCUCCCGCAGAGCCCCCCAAAGCCGAAACCCCACCUGAGGAACAGUCCCCCACUGCUGAGGAGCCCACUGGCAUUUUCCUGAAGAAGCCAGAGUCUGUGUCAGUGGAGAACGGAAAGGACGUGGUGAUUGUGGCCAAGGUGAAUGGGAAGGAACUCCCCAGCAAACCAACCAUCAAAUGGUUCAAAGGGAAGUGGAUGGAGCUGGAUAUCAAGAGCGGGACCCGAUUCUCCUUCAAAGAAACCCAUGACUCUGCCAGCAAUGUGUACAACGUGGAGCUGCACAUUGCGAAGGUGUUACUGGUGGACCGUGGCGAUUACCGCCUUGAGGUCAAAGCCAAGGACAUCUGUGACAGCUGUGGCUUCAACAUCGAUGUGGAGGCGCCCUGUCAAGACUCCGCUGGGCAGACUCUAGAAGCCUUCAAGCGUUCGGGCGAAGAGAAGUCAGAAGACACGGGUGAGCUGGAUUUCAGCGGCCUGUUGAAGAAGAGGGAGGUGGUUGAGCAGGAGAAGAAAAAGAAGAAAGACGAUGAUGACCUAGGCAUCCCACCUGAGAUCUGGGAGCUCCUGAAAGGGGCAAAGAAGAGUGAAUACGAGAAGAUCGCCUUCCAGUAUGGCAUCACCGACCUCCGGGGCAUGCUGAAGCGGCUCAAGAAAGCCAAGGUCGAGGUCAAGAAGAGUGAAGCCUUCAUCAAGAAGCUGGAUCCAGCCUACCAAGUGGACAGGGGCAAUAAGAUCAAGUUGAUGGUGGAGAUCAGUAACCCAGACCUUCCCCUCAAGUGGUUCAAGAAUGGCCAGGAGAUCAAACCCAGUAGCAAGUAUGUAUUUGAGAAUGUUGGUAAGAAGCGAAUUCUCACCAUCAACAAGUGCACCAUGGCAGAUGAUGCUGCUUAUGAAGUUGCUGUCGCUGAUGAGAAGUGUGUCACCGAGGUCUUUGUCAAAGAACCUCCAAUCCUGAUUGUGACACCCCUUGAGGACCAGCAGGUGUUUGUGGGCGACCGGGUGGAAAUGGCAGUGGAAGUGUCGGAGGAGGGUGCCCAGGUCAUGUGGAUGAAAGAUGGCGUGGAGAUGACGCGGGAGGAUUCCUACAAGGGGCGGUUCCGCUUCAAGAAGGAUGGAAAGCGUCACAUUCUCAUCUUCUCGGAAGUGACCCUGGAGGAUAGGGGUUGCUACCAGGUCAUGACCAACGGCGGCCAGUGCGAGGCCGAGCUCAUUGUGGAAGAGAAACAGCUGGAGGUCCUGCAAGACAUCGCCGAUCUGACGGUGAAGGCCUCGGAUCAGGCCGUAUUCAAGUGUGAGGUGUCUGAUGAGAAGGUGACGGGCAAAUGGUAUAAGAAUGGGAUCGAAGUUCGGCCCAGCAAGAGGAUCACCAUAUCCCAUGUGGGGAGGUCCCACAAACUGGUGAUUGAUGACGUCCGCCCCGAGGAUGAGGGAGAUUACACGUUCGUGCCCGAUGGCUAUGCCCUGUCCCUCUCAGCCAAGCUCAACUUCCUGGAAAUCAAGGUGGAUUACGUCCCCAAGCAAGAGCCACCAAAGAUCCACCUGGACUGCUCAGGGAAGACCACAGAAAAUGCAAUUAUGGUUGUGGCUGGAAACAAGCUGAGGCUGGACGUGGCCAUCACAGGGGAGCCCCCUCCUGUCGCCACGUGGUUGAAGGGGGAUGAGGUGUUCUCAGCCACCGAGGGCAGGAUCCGCAUCGAGAAGCGAGUGGACUGCAGCAGCUUCGUGAUUGAGAGUGCCCAGCGGGCAGAUGAGGGCCGCUAUACCAUCAAGGUCGCUAACCCUGCCGGCGAAGACGUGGCCUCCAUCUUCUUGCGGGUUGUGGAUGUCCCAGAUCCCCCAGAGGCUGUGCGCGUUACUUCGGUUGGAGAGGAUUGCGCCACCGUUGUCUGGGAGCCACCCAAGUAUGAUGGGGGGCAAGCAGUCACCGGGUACCUCCUAGAGCGGAAGAAGAAGGGUUCUCAUCGCUGGAUGAAGCUGAACUUUGAGGUCUUUACGGAGACAACCUAUGAGGUCACCAGGAUGAUUGAGGGCGUCCUGUACGAGAUGCGGGUCUUUGCUGUCAAUGCCAUCGGGGUGUCCCAGCCCAGCGUCAACUCCAAGCCCUUCAUGCCUAUUGCUCCCACAAGUGAACCCCAACACCUGACAGUGGAGGAUGUGACAGACAGCACCACCACCCUCAAGUGGAGGCCCCCAAAUAGGAUUGGGGCAGGCGGCAUCGAUGGGUACCUGGUGGAGUACUGCCUGGAGGACUCUGAAGACUGGAUCCCGGCUAACACGGAGCCCAUCGAGCGCUGUGGCUUCACCGUCAAGGAUCUUCCCACAGGAGCGAGAAUCAUCUUCAGGGUCGUUGGCGUCAACAUAGCAGGGCGCAGUGAGCCGGCCACCCUGGCCCAGCCGGUCACCAUUCAGGAGAUUGUGGAGCAACCCAAGAUCCGACUCCCCCGCCAUCUCCGCCAGACUUACAUCCGCAAAGUGGGGGAGCAGGUCAACCUCCUCAUCCCCUUCCAGGGAAAGCCACGGCCCCAGGUGGUGUGGAAGAAGGCCGGGGCGCCUGUGGACCCCUCCCGCGUGAACGUGCGCACCAGCGACACGGACACCGUGUUCUUCAUACGGCAGGCAGCGCGCUCGGACUCCGGGGAGUACGAGCUGAACGUGCAGAUCGAGAACUUGAAGGACACAGCCAUCAUCCAUAUCCUGGUCGUGGAAAAGGCAGGGCCACCAAUGAACGUGAUGGUGAAGGAGGUGUGGGGCAGUAAUGCCCUGGUGGAGUGGCAGCCCCCCAAAGAUGACGGGAACAGUGAGGUCACGGGCUAUGUCAUCCAGAAAGCCGACAAGAAAACCAUGGAGUGGUUCACCGUCUAUGAGCACAGCCGCCCCACCUGCUGCACCGUGUCCGACCUCAUCAUGGGCAAUGAAUACUAUUUCCGCGUUUUCAGCGAGAACAUUUGUGGGCUCAGCGACUCCGCUGGCCUCUCCAAGAAUACAGCCCAGAUCCUGAAGACAGGUAUCAGCUGGAAACCACUUGAGUAUAAGGAGCAUGACUUCCGGACGCCUCCCAAGUUCCUGACGCCGCUGCUGGACCGGGUGGUCGUGGCUGGUUAUGCUGCUGCUCUCUACUGUGCCGUCAGAGGCUACCCGAAGCCGAAGGUGGUCUGGAUGAAGAACAAGAUGGAAAUCCGUGAAGAUCCCAAAUUCCUCAUGACCAACUACCAGGGGAUCCUGACACUGAACAUCCGCCGACCAUCCCCCUUUGACUCGGGGACGUACUCCUGCCUGGCUGUCAACGAGCUGGGGGAGGCACUGGCCGAGUGCAAGCUGGAUGUCCGAGUGCCGCAAUGAAGCUCUCUUUCACCAGUCCGGAUAAUUGGCUGCUGAGUUCUAAGCUGGACCUCCCAAACAGUAUUUCCCUUUUCUGAAUUAUCAUUGAGAAGAUAAACAGUCUUGUCUGGAGUUGCACUUGUCUGUUCUUGAA